UUGUCAAAGUGCCAGGAAAUUUUUUGCUGAUAAUUUGCAAAUUGUUUAAUGUUUUGAUCAUUAUUGUGAUUUGUCAUACUUAAUGUAAUUGUCAAUUGUAUGAUUUAUAUAAUUACGAUCUCUAUCAUUACAAUUUUAUAUAAUUAAUUAAAAUCAUGGAUCUCCUUGAUUCGAUUCUUAAUUCGAUGGACAAACCUCCAAGUAUUAGUGACAAACAAAAGGCUUUAAUUAAGAAGCAAAAAGAGGAACAUGAAAGAUAUAAAAAGGCUGAGGCAGAAAAACUUAAGAAUUUUCGAGAAGAGGUUGAGGCGCGGCUAAACAAAUUUCUUAAAGAUGAUUCAGCAAAAGAAUACAAAUUUCCGCCAAUGGACAAAGUUUUUCGGACUAUAAUUCACGACGUUGCCGAAGAAGCGAAUAUUUGGGCGUAUUCAUUUGGAGAAGAAGGUGUCGAUAGGUAUAUGAUACUUUUUAAAAGAGAACAUGCUCCUUCUGAGGAUCAAAUAAAUACUCUACGAAAAGGGGAAGAAUGGAAUGAACAAGUGGGAAAAAGACUGCAAGAGGAAAGAGAACAAUUAGCCAAAGAGAAACUCGAAGAAGUUAAAACACGAAAAGAGAGAAACAAUUUUGUGCCCAAUAGUUUUUAUAAGGAUAAAUAUCAACAUUUAAUUGGCAAAGAAGCUGCUCUCGAAGCUGCUAGAAAAACCGAAGCAAAUAGUAGUUACGGAUGUGUUCCGAGCGAAAACAAAAAAGAUCAAAGGAGUAUAGAGCAAACUUUAAAUGACAUUCGUGCAAAGAAACGAAAAUUGGAGUCUGCAAACGAACAAAGUAAUUCAAAAGAAGGAGACAAAAUGAUGAAAAAUUCUUGAAAGUAUUAAUUUAUUAUUCAUUUUUCUAUGAAAUUAUAAAAAAAAGUAUUUGCAUCAGUAUAUAAGCUUUUAUCUAAAUUAGUAGCAAAUACUUGAUCGUUAACGUAACUUCUUUAACUAGCAAUCGUUUUUUAAAUUAAUUUAGUUAAUUAAGAAAAUUCAGUUAAUAAAAUGCGUAAACUUAAAUACUUUCUUAAUUAACAAAAUUAAUUAAUUAGUGUAUUAAAAUUAAGUAUACCUUCUUUUAGUGAAGUAAAUUUGUUUUCUCGGA